AUGGGUCAGGGAAGUGGGAUUGGUUGUGAUGAUGUAACUUUUGCAGUCACAUAUGAGACAGGAAAGGGUCUGAUGGGACAAAGAAGUGGGAUUGAUAGUGAUGCUCUAACAGUUGUCGUCACAAGUGAUACAAGACAUAAUCUGAUGGGUUCUAAAGAUAACAGAAGUGAUCGGAAUUACCAGAGACCUAAAGAAGAUGAAACACUUAAGUUUCUUAUGAAGAAAGCUGGCUUUGGCUCCAAUGUUGCAAUUCAUGGUACUAUUGUUAGUGGAUUGGUUGCUUCAGCCAAUAGGAGGGUUCCUCCGUCUUUUGGAAGUAAAGUUAAACCUCUAAGUUUAGAGGAAUCUAUCAAAUUGUUUGCAUCCCAGAGCAAAAAAAGAUGGUACUCAAAUUCAUCCCAAGGGAAGUUUUUGCAUGUGAAGAAACAAAGAGAUGAAAGAAAAACAAAUGAGUUUGGCCUCCUCCCAAUAAUGCGACAUAACCAGAUUCCUGACGUGCGUACCCCUCGUAAGAAGGUUCUCAACGUGCUGCACCAUUUCAGAAUGGUCUUUGAAGAGUUGGACAGAAAUAAGGCGGCACGUUGUGUCAAGAGUCAAACAGAUCGAGAUACACGGGAUAUACUCAUAAGAGACGGUAAACAAGUUAAUGGUGAAAAGAGGAUUGGUGUAGUCCAUGGAGUUGAAGUUGGUGAUAAUUUUAAAUACAAAUCACAACUCAGCAUAAUCGGUCUCCACUUCAACAUGUUAGGGGGUAUCGACUAUAUGAACAAAGAAGGCUUGGACUUAGCUACAAGCAUUGUAAUAUCGCAAGGUGCUGCUUACAACGAUAUAUGCAACGCUAAUAUGGUGGUUUACUGUGGCGAAGGACAUUACUUAAAGAGAAAGAAUCUGAAGCCAGCAGAAGACCAAAAAAUGACAAGGGGUAAUCUCGCUUUAACUAAUAGCAUGAGGGCAAAAAAUCAAGUGAGACUGAUAAUUGGCAGGAAGAAGAUGAACGUGAAGAAAUAUGUUUAUGCAGGAUUGUAUUUGGUUCAUGAAUUCUGGAACGAGAAAGGACCCCUAGGAAUUGAAGUCUUCAAGUUUAAACUUCUUAGACUUCCUGGUCAAACUUCUAUCCAUUUGAAUUAUUAA